AUGAAUUCGGCAUCAAACCUUCAAAACAUUGAGAUCUUAAACUCUUUAUACAAAGAGCUCCUGCUAUUUGGAUCCUUAGACGAAUUCUCGAAUGCAUCAGACGCGGAAUUCCAGCUCAAGAGUUUACGAUCCUUACUCCGUCUGGGGGACUACGUUGCUGAAUCUGUAGCAGUGCCUGCGGUAUUCGCCAAGAUUGAAAUCUUCAAGCCAACGACUGUAGUGAACUUGGUCGAGUUGCAUACCAAGCUCCUAUUCCACAAGCUGGGGAACAACUUCUUCGACUCCCUCGAUUCGGUGAUCCCCGAGAUAGAGUUUUUGGAAUCCGGCGCGGCUAUGGUGCACUUUCAUAGAUCGAUAAAAGCCCUCCCCGCAGCAGAUAAGCAGCGAGCGGUCCAGGUCGUCUUAAAAACUAUCUUAUCACAUGCGCCGGAAAACUUCCCCAUGAAAGGAUCUCCAAGUCCCCAAUAUGCCCAGAUUAGCGAAGGAUUUUUGCAGGACGAGUUUCUCGAAACCGAGUACAUCACUAACCUCAUGAAAGUCUUUGAAAUACAUGAAAAGCUGGCAACCUCAGCAGGGAAAAGAAUCGAAUACCAACUUGUCUAUUACAUCUUGGAUUUCAUCAACCAAUAUCACCAAAAGGUCAUGCAAAAGCACAUGGGAUAUGGCUGGAAGAAGGAUUCUUCGAAUUUCGAUAGGGAACUCGAUUUCAUGAGAAGGUACCUGAAAAAGUAUCGGAAUCGAUUCCUAGACCGCAGAUAUACAGAUGCAAGUCAAGAUUUAGGAGAUUUCAUCGGAUUCGAAUCUGCCAGAACCGACUACGGCUCCAAUCCAUUUUUAUUCUGGAUUUUUACGGUACUUACUGGACCAUUUGAGCACCAGAACUGGGAUGAGUUGUUCAAGGAUCCGGGAGAGAUGUCAUACACCCUUUGGAUGCGCGAGAUUGGCCGUGGCAAACUUCACGAAUUUCUCCGAAAUGUGCCAGAUGAACAAUUGUCGCAGUACUUACCUCUAAGCAUGGCCAAGGGAGUUCCAAUCCGGCCCGGCUCCUCUCGGCGCAAAACUUGGAUAUCUGCCAAAGAUCUGUUUGCAGGGGGUGCUAAUUAA